CUUCACUUGUUCGUCCAAAUGCAGGCCUCUUUCCGCUUGGCCAUUGUCUGUGCCGCUGUAGUGCUUUAACGUGGCAUUUUUGCUACCACCAGGUGCGUUCUGAAGUGUACUAAAGGUGUCGUUUCUGUAUUUGAAACACAGCCCUGGAUGCAAAGGAAAUCCCAGAAGUUUGAGAGAUGUCCGGUGUUUCAUCCAGAUCAGCGGCGCACACGGGAAAGAUGAAGAAGGACGAGUCUUUUCUCGGGAAGCUCGGAGGCACUCUGUCUCGCAAGAAGAAAGCAAAAGAAGUGAGUGACCUUCAGGAAGAAGGAAAGUUUGCCAUCAAUGCUCCACUCCUUCCUACCAGUACUGACCUGCUCCCAGAGGACAUGCUGCUAGAGGAGAAUGCAGAGAGGAUUAUGUUAGAUCCCACGUCUAGAGAAAAUCCCAAAUUUAAAGAGCUACAGAAGGUUCUGAUCGACUGGAUCAAUAAUGAGCUGGAGGAAGAAAGGAUCAUUGUUAAAGAUCUAGAAGAGGAUCUCUAUGAUGGACAGGUGCUGCAAAAGCUGUUUGAGAAGCUGUCAGGAUGUAAGCUGAAUGUAGCAGAAGUGACCCAAUCAGAGAUCGGUCAGAAACAGAAGCUACAAACUGUACUGGAAUCAGUGAAUGAUUUGCUCCGACCGCAAGGCUGGACGAUAGAUUGGGGAGUUGACUCAAUCCACUCGAAGAACCUGGUGGCCAUCGUUUAUUUGCUGGUGACUCUGGCUAUGCACUUCAUGGCCCCAAUCAGACUUCCUGAGCAUGUCUCUGUAAAAGUGGUGGUAGUCAAGAAAAAGGAGGGCAUCUUACACACAUCACGUAUAACAAAAGAACUCACAACUACUACAGAGAUGAUGAUGGGAAGAUUCGAGAGGGAUGCGUUUGACACCUUAUUGGACCAUGCACCUGACAAGCUCAAUGUGGUCAAAACGUCCCUGAUUACCUUUGUAAAUAAACACCUGAACAAACUAAAUCUGGAAGUCACUGAGCUGGAGUCACAAUUUGCAGAUGGUGUAUACCUGGUGCUGUUGAUGGGCCUGUUGGAAGGUUAUUUUGUACCGCUGUAUAACUUUUACCUCACGCCAGAGAGCUUUGAGCAGAAAGUGCAUAAUGUAGCAUUUGCCUUCGAGUUGAUGCAGGAUGGAGGACUAAAGAAACCCAAAGCUCGACCAGAAGAUGUUGUAAAUCUGAACCUGAAGGCUACUCUGAGAGUCCUGUAUAACCUCUUCACCAACUACAAAAGUGCUGACUGAUAGAGAAAAGAGAGUUUCACUAUGGAUCAACGCUUACCUUCUGACUCACUGAUGCCAUAUGUCCACUGUUUGUAUUUAACAACGUUUAUUUACACAUGUUGCCUGUCUUUUUAUGCUCUUAGGUACAGAUGCUGCUGUUAUGUCAGAAUGCAUUAACUGUAACUCAAACGCUACCAUGCAUAAUUUAUGAGAACUCAGCUCACUGCUCCCAACAGUGUUAAAUUAGUUUAAUAAACACUCGAGUUUUGGAUAUUUAAUGAUCUGUAUACACUGUGGAUUAUUUAAAAUAUAAUAUAUAUUAUAAAUUUAUUCUUACAAAUAUUAAACAUUUAUAUGUAUAUUGUGUUCCUGUAAUAAUUUUGUUUUAUUGUUUGUUCAGGUUGCCAUUUAUUUAUCAGUUAUAUAAGCUAAUUAUUAUCUACCAAAGCCUCUCAAAAGUAUUUUGAAAGAUAAAAUUGUGUAUUGACUUGAAUACAGAAUCAGGUUUGUGCUUAUUAGCCCAGACACACACUUUCUCCACAAGACCUUGUGAUUGUAUAUAAAAGCAAUCUCAAAAUCAAUCCUAUCCUGUGGAAAAUGAAUGAGGUGAUGGAUGUACAGCUGUUUUUUUCAACAUUUUUAUGGUCAACGUGGGGAAAUGACUGACAGUGCAGAAUAUCAAGCCUAAGUUGGAUUGUGAUUUGUAUGGGUUGAAAACAAUACAGCUCUCCAAACCAUACAAAACAAACACCAAACAGAAAAAGAGAUAAAUAAUUGAAGAAGUGGCUAUGGAAAUCAAUAAGCACACCAUGAGAUUGCACUCAAUUACACAGCUAUUAAUCUUCCUUUUAUUACCUUCUUAAAAGAAGCAAUGUGGGCGCCUCGUCUGCUUUAAAGGAACAAAUACAUUCACAACAAUCCUAUCAAAUAUUAUUAAAAGUUAUAAUAUAAUAAUCUGCUAUAAUCUACUGCAUCUAGCUGUAUGGAGCAGUGCCAUGACAUUAUUCUAGGGUUAAAUUGCAGUGUUUCUUUCAUCCAAAGACUUUCUAUUUUAAUAAAUUGUAUUUCUUAA